AUGUAUUUUGAUCUUGGAGAGCAGGAAGAAAAGUGUAUUAUUGAAGAGGUUCCUGACAACACGCUGGUGACUGGUUAUUUCUUGUUGGAGCCUUGGGAUACAAACGCGGUGACCCAUUCCCCUCAUCUGGGCGUAACUGUGAAAGUCCAAGAUCCAAACUAUGAGAUUGUGAUGUCCAAACGAUUCAGUAAAUAUGGGAAAUUUACAUUCACUUCUCAUGCCUCUGGUCAGCAUUUCCUUUGUUUCCAAACCAACUCAACCAGGUUUUCUGUAUUUGCUGGAGAGCGGCUGAGGCUGCACUUGGACAUACAGAUGGGUGAACACUCAAUUGACAGAAACGCAGAUAAGACUAAAGACAACAUGGAAAUUCUUGAGUACAGUCUCAGCCAUCUGAGAGAUCAAAUGAUGUACAUCACCAAACAACAGGAAUACCAGCGUGAAAAAGAGGAAACGUUUCGCCAGAUAAGUGAGGACACCAAUGGUAAAGUCUUGUGGUGGGCGGUGAUCCAAACAUUCAUCCUGUUGUCAGUGGGUUUCUGGCAGAUGAAAAAGCUCAAAGAGUUCUUCAUUGCAAAGAAGCUGGUCUAA